CAUGACGCUGCCUUUCUUUUGGCAGCCAACCUGGCCAGCACAGACAUCAUCUUCCUGGUGUGCUGCGUGCCGUUCACCGCCGUGCUGUACCCCCUGCCCGGCUGGAUCUUUGGCGAGUUCAUGUGCAAGUUUGUCAAUUACAUCCAGCAGGUCUCCGUGCAGGCCACCUGCGCCACCCUGACGGCCAUGAGCAUGGACCGCUGGUACGUGACCGUGUUCCCGCUGCGCUCCCUGCGCCUGCGCACCCCCCGCCUCGCCGCCGCCGUCAGCCUGGGCAUCUGGAUCUGUUCCUUUGUCCUCUCCACCCCGGUGCUGGUGUACAACAGGUUGACAGAGGGCUACUGGUUUGGGCCGCAGACCUACUGCAGCGAGUCCUUCCCCUCUGCUGCCCACGAGAAGGCCUUCACCCUCUACAACUUCCUGGCCGUCUACCUGGUGCCCCUCCUGACCAUCUGUGUCUGCUACGUGGCCAUGCUCUACCAGAUGGGCCAUCCCACCGUGGAGCCGGUCGAUAACAACUACCAGGUGCAGCAGCUGGCGGAACGCUCCGAGGCGAUGCGGGCCAAGAUCUCCCGCAUGGUGGCCAUCAUCGUGGUGCUCUUCACCAUCUGCUGGGGGCCCGUUCAAUUCCUCCUCCUCCUCCAGGCCUUUGCCCCCCGCUUCCAGCGCAACUACUACGUCUACAAGGUGAAGAUCUGGGCCCACUGCAUGUCCUACGCCAACUCCUCCGUCAACCCCGUCGUCUACGCCUUCAUGGGGGCCAACUUCCGGAAAGCCUUCAAGAAGGUCUUCCCCUUCAUCUUCAGGCCCAAGGUGGGCUGCGCCAGCGUGGGCCGCGCCCAUGCCAACACCGAGAUGCACUUCGUCUCCUCCGGCACCUAGCGGGGGGCACAGAACGUGCCCAGAACGUGAGGCCGGCUGGGGGGCCUCUCUCCUGAGGACGUGCAGCGCCGCUCGUCCCCAGCGCUUUACCCGCCCUCUCACCCGCCACUGUCAGUCACCCAGCUCUGCGGGGACGGCAGCCGCUUCUGUAGAGCCCAGCAGCGCCGCUGCCCGCUCAGGACAGGAACGCGAGGCAGGCCCGCAGAACGUGAUUACCCCCAAGAAACAGGCGACGCUGCUACCCCGCUGCCCCCGGAAAGAUGGCCGGGGACUUGUAACCCCCGCAGAACCAGAAGCUCUGCUUUCCCUCGGAAAGAGGUCUCCCUCCGCCAGCACCCGCUCACUCGGGGAGCAGAGCGCCCGCUUCCAGAUCACUAGCGGCGCUUCGGAUGCCGCUUCCGUCCGGACCCUCCCGUCUAAGUGGUGCCCUGCAGGCCCCCCAGGAACUCUGCCUAAGUUCUUUCUUGUGCGGCCUGCUGAUGGACUUGUGGUCGCACACACACAACCCCGUAAAUACCCACACACCCCUGUACACACAGCCCCGCACACCUCCCCCAACACACAC